AGUCGCCGUUCCGGAACCGCUUUACUUCCGAGGUCGUUGUUUUAUUCUCUCACUGCCCAGCUGAAACGGAGGCCUCCGUAACUUUGUCGUGUUGAAACCCUUUUCCGGCCUGCGACGACCACUUCAACUACCCCGCCAUUCCGGCUCCGACUCAAGUACUCCCCCACUUCGCGAGCGCGACCUCAUCUGCACUUUGUCGAUCACUUUCUUCUCGGCAUCAUCUCCCUAAAAAAGAAGCCGCCCUCUUAUUGAAAAAACACCGACACAACAUGGCCGAUUUCAAUGCGCCUCCGGGCCCUCUCCCGCCCCUGGUGCCCGAGGGCUGGGUAGCCCGCUUCAACGAGCAGUACAAAGAAUGGUUCUACGUAAACACCUACACCAAAAAGUCCCAAUGGGAAAAACCCACCGAGCCCGCCCAGCCGCCGCCCCAAGACGACCUGGGCGCGCCGCCAGGCUACACGCCCGGCUCGACGCCCGCGCCCUCCGACACCAAAGUCAACCCCUACGACACCCACAACAACAACAACAACAACCCCUACGACAAUAACCCCAACCAAGCCGGCGCCUUAGCCUCCUACCUCAACAGCGCCCCCGGCUACAGCGGCAGCACCAACAACAACGAGGACGAGGACGCCCGCCUGGCGCGCCAGCUGCAGGCCGAGGAGGACGCACGCGCGCGGGGUGAGUCCCCCUACCAGCAGGGGCAGCAGGGGCAGCAGUUCCCGGGCCAGCUGCCGCCGCGGCCGGACGAUAAGGCGCGCUCGGGCGGCGGCGGGCUGCUGGGUAAGAUCUUUGGUGGGAGUGGUAAGAAGCCGAUGAUGGGUGGUGGUGGUGGUGGUGGGCAUGGGCUGCCGUUUGGUGGUGGCGGUGGUGGUGGGCAUAGUAGUGGUGGUGGUGGUGGGUUGGGGGGCGCGCUGAGUGGGAUCAUGGCUGGUCGUGGGGGUGGGAGCCAUGGUGGUGGUGGUGGGCAUGGCCUGCCGUUUGGUGGUGGCGGUGGUGGUGGUUAUGGGCAGCCCCAUCAGCAGCAGUACCCGCCGGGUGGUGGGUAUUAUCCGCCGCAGCAGCACGGGUAUGGCGGUGGUGGGUAUCCGCAGCAGGGGGGUUACUACCCGCAGCAGCAUGGCUAUGGGGGGUCGCAUGGCGGGUAUAAGAAGUCUGGCGGCGGCAGCGGCAUGGGCAUGAUGGCGGGCGGCGCGGCGCUGGGUGUGGGUGCCGGUGUGCUGGGUGGUGUGUUGGUGGCGGAUGCGAUCAAUGACUCGAAUGAGGAUGCGUACCAGGAGGGGUUUGAGGAUGGUGGUGGUUUCGAUGAUGGUGGCGGCGAUUUCUAGGGGGUAGUGCAUGGGGUGGUUUGAGAGUGGAGGGUAGGAAGGAGACCGACGGGUUGCUUACGUCGUGGUGUGGCCGGGUGGGCAUUGGGUGUUUUACUUCGAUGCCAGUUUGUUUGAUUCUGCUGUUCCUGUAUCAUGGAUUUGGCCGAGCUCUGGCUGGUGGGCACUCUGUUCACUUGUUGACUGCUGGCUCUGAUGAUGGCAAGGCACGUACAUGAUUAAUACAUCACGAUAAUACCAGUCAUCUUUGUGGCGUAUGGAGCAAAAUCGUCGAG